AUGCUUCACGAUGACGGCGACGAUGAUGCUGAUGAUGAGGCUGAUGCCGAUGCCGCCGUCGCCGCCGCCGCCGACUACGGUGAUUAUGAUGGUGAUGAUGACACGCGUGACACAAGUAAUGAUGACAUGAACGUCAGACCACAGACAUAAUCAGUAUAAGCAUCCAGCAUAGACAGAUAAAAUGACAAGGGAACUCUCCUGGCAUACAAGUGUGGGACAGAUCAAUGUUUAGGUAAUAAAAGUCAUCUGUGUAUUGAAAAUGUUCGGCAUAGUACGAAAACACGGGUCUGUUGGGGAAUGGAGAAUUCCAUCCAUGUAGUAAAGGGCAAAUAUGCUAGUUUGUUUUAAUGAGUGCGAGAAUCGCAGCGCAGUCGGCACGACACAAAAAUUCGCCGUAAGCAACUAGUAAAAACCAGCUUCACGAGGAAAAAUGGAGAUUGGUCUGUAAAUGUCAUCGAAGUUGGACCGCCUAAGAAGGUGACUAAUUAAACAAAAACCGUAGAUGAAAGUUAUAGAACAUGGGUGCAAAAUGACUGCCGUGAAUUACGACGCAAGUGGCAGCGCGCGAGGUGGCUUUCAAAGACAAAAAUGCUGUUGCCGUAGCGAAUGAAACACAUAAUCGGUUAUAAGGAAAUGUAGGCAGGUAAGACGUUUAAACGCGCGUAGUAAAAGGGCGUAUCGUAACCGUGGACGUAUGGUAGUACUGCCAAGCAGAUGGUCGGGAUGAAAAGAUGUAGCGACAGGAAAAAUGUUAAUUUUUUCCUCUUUUUUUUCAUUGAACGCUCCCGGGUACCAAGCAGAGAAGGAGAGGCCGAAUGAGUGAGAAACCCCCAAGUUAACCGUAAACAUAAACCCCAUCCUAAACCUCAAUAUAAAUCCCAACCCUUACGUCAACGCUAACCUUAUACCUUUAGCCUAACCCUAAAUUAUAACCCUAAAUCAUAACUUCAAACCCUAACCCCAAAACCUAACGCUAAAACCUAACCUUAACCCUGACUCAAAAUCCUAACCUUUAAAACUUAAAUCCUAACUCCCACUCAACGCUAAGUCCCGACCCUAAACUCGAACCCUGACCCUUAACACGAUUCCUUAAUCCUUAACCCUGACCCCAACCACAGACUCCAAAUCCGAACCCUGAACACCAAUCCUGGUCCGAACCCUAACCCUAAUGUGAUGCGAAACCGCAAGUGGAAUCUUGCACCAUAACCGCAUCUGUCCGCGUAGCACAGCAAAAUGAAAUCACCCGCUAGCGGUAUCGCACCUACUGAAAUCAAUAGUAGUGCGGAAGCGACAAGUUACUGGUCAAGGAAGAUCGCGCUUCCAGGUCCCACCAAAAGUUAUCGUGAUGUGUAGCUGCAAUCACAGGGACGGCUGCAUCAUGGAUCAGAAAACGCUGACAACGAGGUUAGCGGUAUGUAACACGUCUGACUCCCUUUUCUUCGAUAAAGCUACAGAUCAAGGCGGGUGGUGAAGAGGGAAACGAUAGACCACCUCCGAACCCCCAGCAAAACGAUUACAUUUUCCUUGUGAAAAGACAGGACGGCGCGGUUAUAAGCCAAAAACGGCUUCUAUACAGAGGUUAAACUUACUGGAUUGACCGCGCGAGAGUUGUGAUGUCUGAUGAGGAUUCAGAAUGUCAUCACUAUUAAUCGAGUAAGAGUUUUUUUUUAAACGAAAGGUAAUGCCGCGAAACCGUUUACACAACUGUUUGGAAUAUCUGUCGGAGGUAGCGUGGUCUGAUAGGCUCGUUUCCUAGGUCGCUGCAACACGUCUCUCCUCGCCUGUGAAAUAUGUUUACUCUUAACUGUCUCAGCUCGGGCUUAUGUCGGUCCCGACCAAACUAGGAUUCACGCAUUUGAAAUCUUUGAGACUCAUGCCUUAAGACCACAAGUCGUGCGUUCAGUAAUCGCUGUCGAGUCCGAAUCCCGUUCAAUAAACACAGAAGACCCUCUGUUUCGGCAUCUCCUUCUGGUUUUAUUCGAUCACAUCUCCAAUUCGUAGCUGGCCAUCACGACGGCGUUCCAGAUCGGAGGGUUUUUUAAAUAUAUUACGUUAUGGAUGAAAUACGCUGUGAAUUAGCAAAAUGCGUGAAAUAAACCUUUAAGAUAGCGACUCAUGACUGUAUCAUCAGUGGGCGCUGUUUCCGACCGGCGGUAAAGCUCCGCAUCCGAGAAGGAGUCCAUCAGCCAAGGCCACAACAAAAAAUGCGCACAAAUUCCCAUCAUUUCUGUCUCCCACCAGGUCAAGGUUUAGAGCUGUAGAACCAGGCAAAUUCGCCGACAGCCUCGUACAGUCAGUCACUUAUUCUGGCGAAACUCACGACGAUGUCGCAAAAAUGCAUCACGCACAAUUUUUUACACAAUGGAACGCUAUGAAGUAAGCGACUAAUUGGUACUGACACAUUAUGAUAUGUGCUUGAACUUCGAGAGGGAAGGUGAUUUUAGCCUUUAUCGUGUGCCUUAUCAGUCGUGAACCCACACUGUUUUUAUGGGUCGCAACUGGGACACAGUGACAAGCGAAUCAGAAGCGUCAUUACAAUCGCGCAGAGGUCUGGAUAAAUUCCAUAGGUGCCUUUGCGAAUUCAUGUUUUAAAAGCCAAAAUUGGGCGCCUAUUACGACGAACGAAGCGACAAAGGAUGAAAAUCUUUAAUUUCUCAGUGGUCAAAAUUCUGCGUUUAAGGGAUGAAGUUCUUGCGAUAGAUUGGUGUUGGGGGAUUUGGUCUUAUUUAGGGUUCAAGAGACCAAGUAAAAAGGAGAAAUAUUAUAGUCCGACUAAAACCUUCUCUUCAUAUGGAAGGGUAUUUAGUUAAGUCUGUCCGAAUUCCCACAGGCACAAUGCUCCGAAAAAUGAAAACUCAUAGAUUAUGAUAGACCAAUAUUCGUACUAACUUCAGAUACUUUACCUUCGGUUGUCAACGCUGAUCUGAGGUGAAUACUUGUCGGCCGCAUCAGUAAAUGAACGCUUACGUUAAGAAAGGUAAAAAUACUUUGUGUAGCAAACGUGGGCCAAAGAAUACAGUUUAUGUUUUGAGGGCUGUGAACCGGUACCUCGACUUCUCUGCUUGUAUCGAUUGGCAGCCUUCACAUUAGCGGCACACAUAAUAGCUAACCGUCAUACGAUACUUCAGAUACAUCAGUGACAAAAGGCAGCACAACAACGGACGGAGGACAAUGUCCCGAAUAACUCAAAUGCUCAUGCACUUCUAAGACACUUCGGGUUCCUGUGUCAGAUGAUACUGGCAAGCACAGGCGCAGUGGCCAUACAGUUAGCUAACUAAACCUUGUGUUUGCAUGAAGCGUUUAUACAGGUCCUAAGGCUCCUUCGUCCAAAGAUUUACCCAGCAAGUUUUCGCACCUCCUGUCAUGUUGCGUUACAACGACGAGACAAAAACAUAGCUAAUUGCCGGACACCUUUCACUCCCCCUCCCUUGACCCGUGGCAGAACUAGAGUAUAGCCUCGGACCCUUUCGCCAUAUUUAGCGUUUAUUGGCUUUUUAAACUUUUGCUACUCUACCCUCAGAUUAUUGCAAAGGCCUGACGAUGUCCAAUCGAAAGCGUACGUUUAACGGACUUGAUUUCUCGAGUGUUUACAUAGGGAUCAUCGGUGGACUGAAAAUAAUAAUUUCAUAUAUGUAAGAUCUAGGACGUUAUGAAAUCCAGAGUUUUUCCCUGUGCAGGAAAUGAACUGCUGAGAGAAGUUUAAAGUGACCAACAUGGUUAAAUGUAUUAGUAGAGUGGAAAUGAAAUGUUCGAAAGGCAAAACCAUCGUGUUCAAAGUGUAAAACACAAGCAAGAAAAGAUGAGUGACGCGUGCCAUCAUAUCGAACCCUUAGAGAUUGAUGAUGAGAUGUGCGAAAUGUUUUAAAAUACGCUUUGGCUGGCCUGUAACAUUGCCACCAGUUAUACGACCGUGAGUAAGCUUAAAGAAAAAGUUUGGGCCGAAUUCUUCAUGUGCCUUCCUGAGUUGUUCAUGUGCCCUUUGGCGUCAUCGGCGGAAAACCUGGGAUUCAAGAGCCACUGCCAAACACUGUUUAUUCCGAAAUAUAAGGGCCCUUAUGUACAGUAAUCUUUUGAAAAUUAAAGGCAGCUAUGGCAUCCGCGCCUUAUUUCCAAAUUAUUGCUGCACAUUUCACCAUAUUUUUCAGAGUCAUAUUAAGUGUUUUGAAGACUCAUUUCUCCCACGCCAACACGCUAAAAGAUGCCUGUACAGAGACUUUGGAUAAGUAGUCACCAUAAAACUAUUGUUGUCAUUCAUUGGACAACAUCUCCUCUGAAUGAUAAUUAAGCCGAAGGGGAGUUGGCACUCUGUCUCCAUACAAAGUUCAAUAUAUAGAGGAAGCAUCUAAUCCUCUAUAUGUACCCCGAGGAGCUGCGAUGACAUUGCCCUCACAACUGUUUAGAAUAGAAUAUGUUUAUUAUAGCGCCCCCUGGGCACUGUCAGUCUCCUUUGAAACAUUUAAUUUUUCUGUUACAGUUAAUGUAGAUGAUGAAAAUUUAACUAACUUAGGCUGCACAUUCGAAGUUGACAUUCUUAUAUGUAGCUAGCCUGGGCGUCUACGAAGUUCAGGCGAGGGUUGCUACUGCAACUUUGUCGCCCGACGCUGCAACAUAUCACGAUAUAUUUUACCCUUUGCGGGUCACAGCUUCUGCACUUGUGUCCUAUGUUUUGAGCAAGAAUUAGGAAAUUUGCUGCAGGAUAUCUCAAAAUGGUUGUAAUCGACGGCUAAUAACAUUUUCCUGCUAACGCGUAAUGCUCACAGUACCUUCACACAGUCUUGACACAUCUUCUGAAGGGGUUAUGGCUAUGAAGGAAUCGCACUGUUGACUACGUGAUAGUUGUUUGGGCACACAUGAAGGACGAUCAGUUUUCCACUGGAACCAAAUAUACGUUUCUCAUGUAAGUCCCGUAGCCCGUUGGAAAUGUAUUAAAGAGCUAUAAGACCGACUGAAUUCAGUGGCCAGUCUGAAUUUUAGCUGCCCACUCUCACGAUCUUCAGCGCCUUUGUCUAUCCACAUCGUCUUCGGUUCGCCCAGUACGCCUGACAAGCAUUGCGUAUGCGCGUGUCACUUUGAAACAGCCAACUACCUAAGAUCUGGCAGUUAAUUUCAAUUUUUAAAUAACGGCUUUUGUUUUCGGUCUCGUAGCUACGGCGACAGUGGUGGGUGCUCGAGGUCGCAGUCAUCCGAUUAAUUCUAUCGAACCGGCUACCGAACAGCUGCCAAACCUACACCAGUGUCCUACGCAAUAA